AUGGCAGAGGUGCAGAUCGACGAUGCGGCCUCGGCCCACCCCCCGCAGCACACCUUUACGGGCAUCCUCAACGACCUAGACCAGCAAACGCCACACAAGUACGACGGUGCUCCCCAUAGCCAUGACGAGACAGAAGGCCAUGACAGGCAUUCAGACAGGGCGUCAUCGCACAGAUGGUCCAAGGCCUCGUCGCUCGAUAUCGACAAGUCGCAGCCACAAGAUUUCGAUGGCGAGCUGUCGACGAACAAUGAGCUGCCGUCUCCUGAAGUCCAGAAGAUGAUUGAGAAUUACAUUGUGCUGGACCGCCAUGGCAAGUCGAAGACAUUCAAGAGCCUAUACAUGGGCGAAAACAAAGCUAGACGGGUGCUCGUCAUCUUUAUUCGGCACUUCUUCUGCGGUAACUGCCAGGAAUAUCUCCGCACUCUAUCUGAAGCCAUCACCCCCGAUUCACUCCUCCGACUGCCCAUCAGCACCUUCAUCACCGUUGUGGGAUGCGGUGACCCCGGCCUGAUCGACAUGUAUGCCAAAGAAACGGGCUGCCAGUUCCCCAUAUAUACAGACCCGACCCGGUCAUUGUUCGACGCACUGGGCAUGGUGAAGACCCUCCAAAUGGGCACCAAGCCCGCAUAUGCAAAGAAGAGCACGUCAAGGGGAAUUUUCGACAGCAUUGUCCAGGGCCUAAAGCACGUGCCAAAAGGCCUGGCUCUCAAGUCUGGCGAUCACCGACAGGUGGGCGGCGAGUUUCUCUACGAGCCGUUCCAUGUCGCGACGCCCAUCUCAACGCCGACACAGGAGCAGCCGCCCAAGUUUGGAUCACUUGCCAAGCCGGAAACCAGCCAAGACAACGUCGAAGACGAGCGGGCUGAAGACAAGAGGAUUACCUGGUGCCACAGGAUGAAGACCACUAGGGAUCAUGUAGAGUUACCUGAGUUGAUGGAGGUGCUGGGCCUGGACACUGCAACCCAUAAGCCCGUGGUUAAGGACGAAAAGGACGAAAAGAGAUGGGAGGAGGCUACGCGGAGUAGAAAGGGCACGGGUGUGACGAUGGCCCCCGAGAUGAAGAGGCUAAGCCUAGCUGCCCGUGCAAGCGUUGACCAGGCUCAUGAUCAGGCUCCUCAUGAGCCGGUAGUGCUGGAGGACAAGUAA